AAAAAGUUUUAAAAAAACAACAAUGAGAAGAUUAUGUCAUGCUUUUUUGCAUUCAAACAAGUUCCGAGAUUUCCAAUGAGAGUGUAUAGCUAUUUAUAACGGAUUUAGAUUCUUAACAAUGGACUAAUCAUGAAAAUAUAGCAGUGUAAAGUGAACGCUUAUCAAAAUCAUAAACGUAUUUUGAAUUUCAACUUAAAUUUCUUGUUAAAGAUAAUAAACUAAUUUAUGAACUUGCGCGUAUUAUCUUUUAGUAACUAAAAAUCUUGUGUGAGUUUAAUUGUGGAAAUAAUUCUGUUGGUUUGUGAAGUUUUUCUUUGAAAAAAGAAGCAAGUGAAGCUACUAUUAGAUAUGAAGAUUACCAAACUUUUUACUAAAUCGCGUCAUUAUCAUCCUACCAAUAACACUAGUUCGUUAGGAGAUCAUAAUACAAGAAGAUUGGAUAAUGACAACCAGAAAAAUAAAUUAAAAAAGAGCUUCUCUUCUUCUACAGUUAAUGAAAACUAUUUGCAAGCUUCAAAUUUAGAACCAAGACAAGUGUUACUUAGGCUUGAAAAAGCUUGUAGUAGUGACAUUGUUUAUAUAAAGUUAGAAAAUAACAACAACAACAACAACAACAACAACAACAACAACAACAACAACAACAACAACAACUUUAACAGCAUUAACAAUAAUAACAAUAAUAAUAGCAAUAAUUACAGCAACGAAGAGCUAUGUUCGACACAUAAAGGUUUUGAAGGUUUAUAUGCUAAAGUUGAAAAGAAAAAAGACAAGUUGAAUAAUGAAAAUAGUUCGGAUUAUAAUCUUACCAGCAGUAACUUACCAAGAACAAGUAGUUGUACAUCAAAAACAGAAAAUGGUGCAACAGAAGCAAAAGUAAUAAAGCGUAAAAAAAUACUACAAUCGCAAUUGAGCGUUGACACAGAUAAAGAGCUGAUCAGGAUUCCAAAAAACAAAUCUUCAAUAGGUAUUAGUAUAUCAGGUGGAAAAUCUCUUAAUUACAAUCGCAGUAUUAAAAUUACAGCAUUACAUCCAGGGGGUGCAGCUGACGGGAGUAACUUGAAGGUUGGUCAAGUUAUAUUGUCAGUUGAUGGUAAAAGUUUGCUAAACGUUACACACGAAGAAGCUGUAGAUUUAAUCAGAGAUUCGUUUUAUAAAAAUAAAUCACCAACUAUCGAGUUUAUAGUUUAUUAAAUGUUUCGAUGGUUAUUUUUUCUUUAGAACUUUUCUUAAUAUUUAGUCUUUUCAUUAAUAGUCUUUUCCUAAAAAAUUCAACUAAAAAAAUAUUUUGUAUAUAGCUACUGUAUUUAUUUAAUUUUGUAUAAAUAUAGUUUUGAAUAAAAUUGAAAAUUAUUAUACUUAA